AUGGAACAAGAACAAGUUCCAAUCUUAAAAUAUAACAAAAUUGUUUCACAUGCCUUUGAACCAACCAAAGGUAGUUUAAAAGCAGCAGGGUAUGAUUUGAAAAGCCUGUUAAAUACUAUUGUACCAGCGAAGGGUAAAGCAACAAUUCCAACUGGUAUAAAAUUGGAAUUACCUAAAAAUUGCUAUGGUAGAAUAGCACCAAGGUCUGGUUUGGCUGUUAACCAUUUUAUUGAUGUGGGAGAAAUUGAAGCAAAAACAAAGAUUACAGAAGAGUACUUAAACAGAAGACCUUUACUUAAGUAUGAAUAUAAAAGAUUAGUUGCAGUGUGUAAUGAUCCUCAGGAAAUGACAUGUAAUGAUUUAAAAAGACUUGCAGAAAAAUCAAAGGUACCAAAAGCUGUUAAACAAGUCGUCAGAGAAAAAUGGAUCUACGACACUUAUACGACAAGCAUUUAUACGACGAAACAUAUCUAA